AUGCGUUGGUUGGUAUCACGUGAUCUUGCAGCAUUUUGGGUGUGGCUGCAUGUAAUUUUAUUCGCAGAUGUUUCUGUUUCUCGACAAACUACUGGGCCGUCCGAAAUCCAAACCAUGUGUCGAGAUUAUAAUGCUGUAUCAGCUAAUACUGCAGAUUGGUUCAAGGCUUGCCAGGCUCUAGAGACUCUUGGCCUUAUUGCUCUACUUCUUGCCUUCAUCAUUUUAUUCUUGUACAUGUUUGUCGAAUCAUGUCGAGGCCGAAAUGCUCUGAUGGCAAUAAUGAUGUGCACAUUUGCUGGAGUUGCCUUCGUCGUAAUUGGCGUAAUCAUAUUUAACACGAAGAAAGGCUACCAAAUGUACAGUAUCGGAUGGUCCAUGGGACUAGCCAUUGCUGGUGCCAUUUUUUCAUUCAUCGCGGGUAUCAUGGUUGUAAUGGGAUAUCUUGGCAAGUAA